CCUUCUUUAAACCCCCACUCCUUGGGUUCCUUGCGCCAUACUGCUGUGCAGUUCAUUCCUUACUCUGUCGACCAGAGAUACCUUCUUUACCUACAACUUCAACUCACCAAUUCAACUCCUCACCAAAUUCAACUCACUACUCAACCAACAAUGGCCCCUCUUUCCAAGACUCUUGCCCUGGCCGGUGCUCUCUUUGCCGCCCUUGGCUCUGCUGCUCCUGUUGAAAAGCGUGAGACCGCUGUGGUCUACGAGACGGUGACCUCGGUCGUUUGGACGACGAUCGAUGUGACUACUACCAUCUACGGCAACGCUCCCGCCACGUCCACUACGGCCACUACGGCCACUCCUACCGCCGAGAACCAGGUCCAGGCUCCGGGCAACAGCCAGCCUGAACAAUCCGUCAACUACCAACCUCACUCUACUUCUACCUCCACCACCGUCUGGUGGACUCCUUCGCCCGAGACCUGGGCGACCUCCGCCUCUACCUCCACCUCCACCUCCACCUCCGUUUAUGAACCCGCCUGGACCCCGAAGUCGACCUCCGAGGCCCAGUGGACUCCUUCCACCACCACUGUCCCUGCGACCGCCACCACUGCGGCCGCCACCACCGCGGCCGCCGCGACCUCUGCCGCCAGCAGCAGCAGCAGCAGCAGCAGCAGCAGCAGCAGCAGUGGCUACAGCGGUAGCUGCUCCGGCUCCGCUCCUUGCACGGGUGAUCUGACCUACUAUGUGGCGGGUCUGGGCUCGUGCGGCAAGUACAGCAACGGCAACACGGACGAUGUGGUUGCGCUGCCGGUGGGUAUCAUGACGGACAGCGACUGCGGCAAGACGGUGCACAUUACCUACAACGGCGUGACCAAGACGGGUACGGUGUGGGACAAGUGCAUGGGCUGUGACGAUGUGUCGAUUGAUCUGUCGGAGCAUCUGUUUGAGAACUUUGCCAGUUUCUCGGCGGGACGGUUGACGGGAGCCAAGUGGUAUAUCGAGUGAUGUACUGAUUGCUGACUGACUGCUUAUGGAUGUGAUGUGAUUUUGGCUUCUUUUCUUGUCACUCGUUGACUAUGAUUGUUCUUGUUUAUACCUUAGCUGUGGUCCGGACCAUGAUAUACC